GCACAUGGUGUGUGAGGAGGACUCUCAGAGAAGUGAAGCUGUAAUGCCGCCCUCCUGCACAGAGGGCGUGUUGCCUUGAAUCAGCCGCACUGAGCGGGGAGCGUGAGGGGAGCAGGUCUGGAUGAAGGCUGAUUAUUAUUCCUGGACUCAGACACUUGUGAUGAUGGCGGCCGAUGAGAAUGAAGAAAUGCGAAGCCUGGAGCUCAGUGGCCAAGUGGGGUUCAACARCCUUCCUCAUCAAGUGGUCAGGAAGUUAGUUGCUCAGGGAUUUUGCUUCAACAUCCUCUGUGUAGGUGAAACAGGAAUAGGCAAAUCAACGCUGAUCAACACGCUUUUCAACACGACAUUUGAAAACGAGGAAGCUGAUCAUUAUGAGCAAGAAGUGAAGCUGCGUUCGCAGACGUACGAGCUGCAGGAGCACACUGUCAAACUGAAGCUGAGCAUUGUGCACACUGUAGGCUUUGGAGACCAAAUCAACAAGGAUGAAAGCUGCAAACCCAUUCUUGACUACAUCGAAGCCCAGUUUGAGAAAUAUCUGGAAGAGGAGCUAAAAAUAAARCGCUCCCUCUCCAACUACGACGACASCAGAAUCCACAUCUGCCUGUAUUUCAUCGCUCCCWCCGGGCACACCCUGAAAUCUCUUGAUCUGGUURUGAUGAAGAAGCUGGACAGCAAGGUCAACAUCAUUCCCGUUAUUGCAAAGGCAGACAUCAUGUCAAAGACCGACCUGGGAAACUUAAAGAAGAAGAUCAUGAACGAGCUGCAGAGCUACGGCGUGCAGAUAUAUCAGUUUCCGAACGAGGAUGAGGAAGUUGGAGAGAUAAACUCCUCCUUAAAUGCUCGCCUUCCCUUUGCUGUCGUUGGAAGCACGGAGGAUGUUAAAAUAGGGAACAGAGUGGUGAAAGCGAGGUCGUACCCCUGGGGAGCUGUACAGGUGGAAAACGAAGAGCACUGUGACUUUGUCCAUCUGAGAGAGAUGCUUCUGCGCGUCAACAUGGAUGAUCUCCGGGAGCAAACGCACUCUCGUCACUACGAACUCUAUCGCCGCUGCAAGCUACAAGAGAUGGGCUUCAAGGACACUGACCCUGACAGCCAGUCGUUCAGUCUGCAGGAGAUGUAUGAGGCCAAAAGAAGGGAGUUCCUCAAAGAGCUGCAGCACAGAGAGGAAUCAAUGAGACAGAUGUUUGUUAACAAAGUGAAGGAAACGGAAGCCGAGCUGAAAGAAAAAGAAAAAGAGCUUCACGAGAAAUUUGAAGUGCUGAAGCGCAUGCACCAGGAAGAAAAGAGGAAUCUGGAGGAGAAAAGGCGAGAACUGGAAGAAGAGAUGAAUGCCUUCAACAGGAGGAAGGUAGCUGCUGAAACGCUGAUGGGACAAGCGCUGCAGGGAUGUUCACAGCAGCCGCUCAAGAAGGAAAAGGACAAAAAGAAGUGAGUCUGUUUUAAUUUGGCACAAAUUAUAACUGGAAUAUCUGUUAAAAGUCCUGAAUCAUUACUCAUCUUUAUGAUUUACUUCCAAUGAACCUUAUACUUUGUUUGAUCUUUGAAGAUGAUAUUUUAGCUUAGUUCAGUUCAGUCACGAUAGAAAAACAAUAAAAUUUUUUGCACAGGGCUGCAUGUUAUGACUUUUAGCGUGUCAAUUGAUGCCUUCAUACUGUGACGUUAAUUCCUUAAACUGUUUGCUGAAUUUCACAUAAUUAUUUUCACAAGGUAGACAUACAAUGCAUACUGGCUGACCUAAUUGGAAGAGGGGGGGGGGGRGGGGGAAAUAAGCUACCAUGCUAUCCUGCUGGAGGCCAUUUUGACUCAUAAAGUGAUCCAGGGACAUAUUUAGACUGACACGGUAUGCAGACACUGUAGGAAGGGUCACAGCUUGCGUGACACAGCCUGAUGCUUCUGUCUCCGCAGGCCGACCUGCCAGACUGUCUCUCAGGCAAGGGCACUUGUGUUUACAUUUGACUUGUCUCAGCAGUGCUCACGCCAUGUGCAGACAGAUGAUACCCAGACAGCCUACAUUGAGCUGGCAUCAGUUUUUUUCAGGUGGAAACAUUACAUGCCAGGGUGAAUUAUGCACAAACCACAGAUACUAGAGACUGGAAUGAGCCAAACAACAACAACA